AUGGCGGACGCCGUGGUUCAACUUAGAUGUGGCGUUAAGAACGAUGGAUGGGGAAAGCCAGGAAAAGAAGGAGUGGCCGCGAAGUUGUGGUCGCAGACGCCCGGGAACGGUCAGAUUGAUGAUUCGAAGACCUAUUCAGAGAUGUGGAUGGGAACAUAUCCAACCAAUCCGUCCUACGUCCUCGCAACCGGCGAGUUGCUCUCAGACUAUCUCAAGAAGAACCAGCAACUCGUGGGCAAGUCCGUGUUGGAUCGAUUUGGACCGGAGAUUCCGUUUUUGCCAAAGAUCCUCUCCUUCAGCAAGGCGCUCCCCCUCCAAAUCCACCCCGACCUAAACCUCGCCAAGAAGCUCCACGAAAAGGAUCCCAAGAAGUUCGGCGAUCCCAACCACAAGCCCGAGAUUGCAAUCGCACUGUCCAAUUUUGAGCUGUUUGCCGGCUUCAAGCCCGCCUGGGUUAUUGAAAACCAGAUGAAAUUGAAGCCCCUCGAGAAAUUCUUACCACCUCAAGACAGCAAGACCGAUACCGAAUACUUGCGGGAGAUCUGCCAGAAUCUACUCACCCUGGAACCAGACACCGUCGCCCAGACAAUCAAGGAACUUCGAACUGUCCCUGAAGCCAACUUCGGGGAAGACAAAUAUAUCCCCAGCAUUUUGGACCGUUUGUCCCGGCAGUACGGCGACACCGACAAUGGGAACCUGGUAGCGGCUAUUCUGAUGAACUAUUUGACACUGGGACCCGGUGAUUCGGUCUGUGUACCCGCGGACAGUAUUCAUGCCUAUCUUUCGGGCGACAUUGUCGAGUGCAUGGCGCGGUCGGACAAUGUGUUGAACACGGGAUUCUGUCCUCGCGCGGAUCGUGAUAACGUGGAGUUGUUCACACAGGCAUUGAAUUUCAAACCCCAUUCGCGAGAAGCAGCUAUCUUACCGCGGAAGAAGAGCGACAAGGGUAUCAAUGGUAAGACAGAGGUUUAUGCGCCGCCGUUCAGUGAGUUUAGUGUCCUGUUGACGUGUCUGGGGCCGGGCGAGUCGGAGACGCAUAAGUCCAUUUUGGGGCCAAGUUUGAUGAUCGUAACCAAGGGAUCUGGGAAGAUGAAUGCUCCUGGGAAGAGUAUUGACAUGAAGGAAGGAUUUGUUUAUUUUGUUGGUCAGGGAGUUGCGCUGGACUUUAGCACCGAGAAGGGGAUGGCGUUGUACCGGCCAUUUGCGGAGUAA